AUGAAUCAAGCGCCAGUUAUUUAAGUAAACUCCCCAGUCACAUCCUUUUCCAGUCCAGGUUUCAAAGUAUUAAAUUAAAACGAAAAACAAUACGCCUAUCAUUUCGCUAGAGCCUCUUGGGAAGGAGCAAGAAUCUGCUAUUUCCAGAGAUCCUACGAGUCACCAGGCUUGUUUUACAUUUUCCAUAAGAUCUUUUCGACUGAAAAACCAUAAGCUGUGAAAUAGCGUUUAUCAUAGAGCGGAUGGAGUGAAGAAGAAGUUCAAUAGUUAUUUGCAUACAUUGCAGCUGUGUUCCAAAAUUGUGGCAACUUCAAAAGCUUUGGAGAUUCGAAAUUCAUACCUGAAAUUAGCUAGGAUAAGUUUGAACAAUUCAUUACAACAUCACCAGGAUAUUAAGUUGAUCAAGUUUGGGAGAAUGUUCGUAAAUAUAUCUAUAAUUAUGAUAAACCUUAUGGUUUGAUUGAUUUAUAGGAAAAGAAUGGUUCAAAUUCCUAUUAUAGCAAUAAUUUGAAAGGAGAAUUGUUGGAGGCUGUGGAUAAAUUCUUGAUUGCUCAAGGUGUUUCUGAAUUGAAUACAAGAGUUGUUAAAGUUGAAGAGGAAAUUCAUGUGUUAGUGGCUUCAGUGAACAAAGGCGAGAAGGAGCUAGGAGAAGUACAUAACCACAAGGUUAAACUGGUUUAUGGAGAUUUCUCUCCUUUCCUUAACAGUGUUGUGACUCAUCUGACAUAAGCAUUACAAUAUGCUGCAAAUGAUAAUCAAAAGAAUAUGAUAUAAGCUUACAUUGAGCAUUUCUAGACUGGAGACGUGGAAUUGCACAAAUCUUCAUAGAGACAUUGGAUCAAGGAUAAGGGACCUGUUAUUGAAACAAACAUUGGAUUUAUUGAAACCUACUUGGACCCACUUAAAGUUCGUGCUGAAUGGGAAGGCUUUGUAGCUGUAGUUAAUAAAGAAGAAAGUGCUCUCUUAAAUGAAUUGGUCAAUAAAGCUGAAGAUAUCAUUAAGUAUUUGCCUUGGCCAAAAGAAUUUGAAGUUGAUGUAUAUAAGAGACCUGACUUUACAUCACUAGAAGUUUUGGCAUUUGCAAGUUCAGGUACACCAUUAGGUAUCAACAUUCCUAAUUAUGAUGAUAUAAGACAAACUGAAGGAUUUAAGAAUGUUAAUUUAGGCAAUACAAUUGGAAAAUUAUCAAAAGAUGCUAUUAAAUUCUUAGAUGAAGCAGAUCAAGAGAUAUUUUAUAAAUAUUAAUCUGAAGCUGUUUUUUUGGUUGUUGCACUUCAUGAAUUGAUAGGUCAUGGUGCUGGUAAAGUGUUCAUGAAAGACAAGGAUGGCAACUUGAACUUCAAUCUUGAAAACACCAUUAAUCCAUUAACUAAUCAAAAGGUUGAUUCUUACUAUAAUCAUGGUGAAUAAUGGCAUUCCAAAUUUGGUGAAUUCUCUGGUGCCAUGGAAGAAUGUAAAGCUGAUGCUACUGCUUUGUAUUUAUCUACAUAUGAUGAUGUGGUUAAAUUGCUAUUACCAAAUCAAUCAGAGGAAGAAAGGAGAAACACUGUCUUUGCAGGCUGGCUAUUUGUUGUUCAUCGGGCUGUCUAAGGAUUGGAAUUCUAUAAUCCAGAAUAAAAGAAAUGGGGUUAAGCACACGUCUUAGCUAGAAAUGUUAUCUUGCAAUCUCUCAUUAGAGAAGAUCCAGACAUUAUCAAAAUCACAGAAACUCAAUUAAAUGGUAAACCAUAUAUCCACUUCAAAUUUGAUUAAUCCAAAUUAUACACAACAGGUAAGAAAGCCAUUUCUAAUUUAAUAUUACAUUUGUAAGUCUUUAAGUCCAUCGGAGCUGGCAAUUAAGGUGUUGAGUUCUUCAGUAAUUUGGCUGCUGUCAGCGACAAAUUCUUAAAUUAUAGAAAUAUUGUAAUCUAAAAUAAGUUCCCAAGAAGAUUAGAAAUUCAACCAAACUUAGUUUUAGAAGAGGGACAAGUUAACCUUAAAGAAUAUGAACCAACAUUAGCUGGAAUUAUUGAAUCCUAAGUUGAACAUCACUUAGACAAUAUCGAAACAACCAAAGAAUUAUUUUUAAAUGUAUAAAAGUUAUUCUAAAAUUGAGAUAUUCAUAAAAUAAA